AACGCCACGAUAGGCUAGAGAGCUGACACGUGGUUGGGAGAGGUCGGAAAUCGAGAUGGCAGAAAAAGAUCAAGCUUGCGAUGAUCCUCUGAAGAUGUAUAUGACAACGGUGACCAGUUCCCGGGAGACAAAGGCGCAGCAGCAUGAAAUGGUUCGGGUUUUGGACACUUCUGGACUGCCCUAUGAGACCGUGGAUAUAGCCGUGGACAACAUUUUACGAACAGAAAUGAGAGAGAAAUGUGGCAACCCCAGCGCACUUCCUCCUCAGUUGUUCCUGGGUGACAAGUACCUUGGGAACUAUGAUGAUAUGAUGCGUGCCGUGGAAGAUGGCGAAUUGAAGAAAUUCCUAGGAAAAGACUAGGACUUUAUCUCUGCAGUAAAGGUGGAAUUAAUAUCGGCAAUUAUUCGAUGCUUCCAGAGCUUGCUCCCAACACGCCUUAUAUCAUUCCCUAGUAUUCUGUAGUCUACUUAAGUAGUGUAGAUUUUUUUUCCUUUUUUUUGAUAAAUAUAAACUUUUUUUUGUUGCUUUUUAUUUUUUUAUUACCAAAACUUCUGGCCAUUCCAUUUAAAAAAAAACAUUCCUAAAUUGAUCACCAUUCCCAGAGUAGUGCAGAUAAACUGGAAUGUAAGAAAGAGACCAUUGACUGCCUUCCAAUGUUACAGAACCCCUUUAUUUCUGCUGGCGGCUAAGCGGUCAUCUGUCUCGUCUCAACUGUGAAUUCAACAUGUAUAUUUCCUGCCAAAGAGGAAGCAAGUCUUCCAGACUAUUAAUAAAUUUGUUUCUUAUCAUCAAGGUUCUUGUUAUUUGCAUGCUGAAUUUUUAAGAUUAGAUAAGUAAAUUUGUAUCUAAUGAUCAUAAUAAAUUUGGCACACAACAA